GAUUUUCCAGCAAACUUAGAAUGGCUAAACUGCGAAAAUCAGUUAUCAUUUGAGAAUGAGUUGAAUGGAAAACUAUGCGUUUUGGAUAUAUUCACGUACUGUUGUAUAAAUUGCAUGCAUGUUAUGCCGGAUUUAAAACAUCUGCAUUCGAAAUUCAGUAUCGAAGAUGGAGUUAUGAUUAUUGGUGUUCAUUCAGCAAAAUUUGAUGAUGAGAAGUCAACCGCUAAUGUUAUUCAGUCAAUCUUACGCCACGAACUAGAUCAUCCUGUAGUUAACGAUGAAAGAGGAAUUAUAUAUGACAGCUUGGAUAUACAAUGUUGGCCGACUUUCGUUAUACUUGGCCCUCAAGGUCAGUUUCUGCAUGUCUUGCAUGGAGAAGGAAAACGCGAAAUGCUGAUGUGGCUAGUUCGCCUCGGGUUGCGGUACUAUGAUUCACUCGGAUUGUUAUCUCAUCAUUCGAUCCCUUUAAGUUUAGAGCGGCAUAAAAUUAAACCUAUGACUCUUUCCUUCCCUGGUAAGGUUUGUGUAGUGAAUGAUGGAGAUGACAUAGUUAUUUCUGAUUCCGGGCAUCACAGAAUCCUAAUUGUUGGGAAAGAUGGAAUAACGCGUAGCUGUGUAGGUAACAAGGAGUAUUUUGAAGAAGGAUUUGUCGAUGGUGUCUUUCAAAAGGCACGUUUUAAUAAUCCACAAGGCAUAACAUGCAGCCGCAACGGAAAAACGAUUUUCGUCGCAGAUACUAACAAUCACGCAAUAAGAAAGAUCGAUUUAGAAUAUUGUGAAGUGACUACCAUUGCUGGAACUGGAAAUCAAGGGAAUGAUUUGGUUGGUGGGGGUGCAGGAAAAAUGCAAGCUCUAAAUUCUCCGUGGGAUUUAACACUAGGGCCCAGUUGCGAGGAUCAGGAAGUUGUCCUAUAUAUUGCUAUGGCGGGAUCACAUCAGAUCUGGGCUUUAGCUUUAGAAGAUUGUGUUUGGUUUAAUAAUAGGUCAUUACGACGUGGUUGUUGCUUGGCUUUUUGCGGUAGUGGUGACGAAGAGAAUAGGAAUAAUUAUUACCCGCAUAAAGCGGGUUUUGCUCAACCUUCUGGCAUAGUGUCUACCAAUUCAAGCCUGUAUGUUGCGGAUAGUGAAAGUAGCACUAUACGAAUGAUUGAUAUCAAAACCGGAAGUGUGAAAGGACUAGUGGGAGGAGGACUUGAUCCAAAAGAUUUAUUCUCUUUCGGGGAUGUUGAUGGAAUUGGUAUGUCAGCUAAGUUACAACACCCAAUUGGUAUUGCCUGGCGUGCUUGUAGCAAAGACGUUAUCAUUGCUGAUUCUUAUAACCAUAAAAUCAAAAUUAUUAAUCCAACAAAGCGUACCAGCACUACCUUAAUUGAUGGAAAUUGUGGGCCGGGCAUGAAUGACAAAAUAGUUCCGGAUGUAAAACUGCGCGAGCCAAGCGGGUUACACUUGUCCCCUGAUGGAAAUUCGCUCUAUAUAGCAAACACAAACGCACAUGUUAUUACCAUGAUUAAUCUGCAAACU